AUGGCUACUAUUCUUCUUCUGAUGGAUACGAUUGUGUCGACCGACGACUCGCUGAACGCCGAUAUCAUUGAAACGAUUUGCGGUAUUUGUGUCAAUGUCUUCAGCCAUCGGGCGAUCAGAAGCGGCGAAUUCCUGGUUCAAGACUGGGAUCAGUGGAUCCGUUGUCUGCUAUUAGUGGACAGUCAGUACUCUUUGAUGGCUUUGUUUAACAUUAGUUUCAAUAGUCGAGGACUGGAAGCGAUGCGCGCCCGCAAUGGACUCGUCGCUCAUAUGGCGCGCAAUGUCUUGAGAACUGAUCUCACGUUUGAUUACCAAUUGAAGAGCGUUUCGCUAAAACUCAUUCACAAUCUGUUUCUCAAUUCAAACGAUUUGAAUAUGAGAUUGAAAUUGUAUAACGAGUUGACGGAUGUCUUGCCAUACAAUCGCUUACAGGAGAUGUUAGCACAAGAACCCAACCCUCAGCUCCGGCAAGACAUCGCCCAACUGUUGGCCACAAUCUCGUGUUUCAAUGCUCGUUGCACAACUGAUCCGAAGACACAAAACCGGCCAUUAAUUGGGAUAUUGUCACAGAAAUACUUCAGCGAUGAGUCCAAGUCUUAUAUAGCGGCGAGUUAUGUGAAGUACUUGGAGAGUGCCGGCGCCCGAGUGAUCCCUGUUAUGAUUGACCAAAACGACGAUUAUUACCGCAAAAUCAUUAAUAUAACAAACGGACUGUUGAUUCCGGGCGGCGGACAGGAUCUGCAGACGUCGGGCUACGCAAAGGCGGGCCGACUGUUGUGGCGGUUGACUAACGAGGAAUUCAAAGACAAACAUUACCCCAUUUGGGGCACAUGUCUGGGCUUUGAGCUGAUCGCACAGUUUUACGCCAACGACACUCUCACUGAUUGCGAUGCUAUGGAUAGGGCCGACAAAAUUGACUUUUUUCCCACCGAUUUGUUUAAGACUAGACUCAUUGGAUCAGCUCCCAAAGAAAUCAUUAAUUCCAUGAGAGACGAGACAAUCGCUUACAACUAUCACAAAAAGUGUGUCACUUUAGACACAUUCAACAGCAAACCCGAUCUGAAGAGCAAUUUCACAAUAUUGUCGACAAACACCGACAGGAAUGGUGUGGUGUAUGUGUCGAUGAUUGAGUCGGUGGACCCGAACCGUCCCAUAUAUGGCGUCCAAUGGCAUCCCGAGAAGAACCAGUUUGAGUUCGCCUACAAUCAGAACCACCAGAAUAUUCCUCACGAGCCCAACGCCAUUAAAGUGAGCCAAUAUAUGGCCAACUUCUUUGUGAACGAGUGCCGCAAAUCCAUAAGACCUGUGAUUAACGCCAAAGAGGAGUCAGAGCUACUCAUCUAUAACUACCAGUCCUUAUAUACCGGCGCUAAGACUAACUACUCGUACGAACAGAUAUAUCUGUUUAAUUCAAUGCCCGCUAAACACAAACCCAAUCACUGGUCGGUAUUAAUUGCCAUUACGCUUAUCAUUGCUAUUGUUGUAUUCAAUUAA